CCCUAGGUCUUGUUAUGUUCAAAUCUGAUGUGAUCUUCUUCCUGGAGCAAGGCAGAGUGCCCUGGACAGAGGAAUGGGCAUCCACAGGAAGCCCGGGUCCAGUGUUGGCAUCAGGCUGUGAUAUCAAAAUCUCACUUCCAAGGUGUCCUAUUUGUGCAGUUGAUCCACCCCAGUGGGACAUAAUGGAAAGCCUUUCAAGUUUCAAUGUGGAGUUCCUGCAUUUCCAGGAUGAUUGGAAAUGCAGAAGCCCAUUUGAAAGACAGACAGGGAAUCCAGACAGACCUUCCAGCCAGAUAUUACUCAGCCAGGAAGAAAUGCCUACUUUCAACCCACCAACAUCCCUUGCUUUUUAUCAGAACACUCACACCAGAGGAAAACCCUCUGCAUACAGCAAAUGCAGGAAAAACUUCUGGGGAGAGGAAUUCCUCAUGAACCCUCAAGGAAUUCAAAGUCAUGAGAAACCCUACAAGUGUAAGGAGUGCGGGAAAGCCUUUAAGUAUAGCUCACGAUUGGUUCAGCAUGAGAAUAUCCACUCCAGCAAGAAGCCAUAUGAAUGUAAGGAGUGUGGCAAAGCCUUCAAUUCCGGCUCAAACUUUGUACAGCACCAGCGAGUUCACACUGGAGAGAAGCUCUACGCAUGCACCGUGUGUGCCAAAGCCUUUAGCCUCAGCUCACAGUUGCUGGAGCACCAGAGAAUUCACACCGGAGAGAAGCCCUAUCAGUGUGAAGAAUGUGGCAAGGCCUUCAACCACAUCUCAUACCUGCAGGUGCACCAGCAGAUUCACACCAGGGAGAAGCCCUACAAGUGCCAGGAGUGCGGGAAGACCUUCACUCACCGGUCCCAGCUGAUGCAGCAUCACACUGUACACACUGGCAAGAAGCUGCUCGAGUGCACGGGAGUGCAGGAAGGCCUUCAACCAGGGCUCCACGCUCAUCCGACACCAGAGAAUCCACACGGGAGAGAAGCCCUUCAUGUGCCAGGUGUGUGCAAAGACCUUCAGGGUGAGCUCACAGCUGAAGCAGCACCAGAGAAUCCACACAGGAGAGAGGCCCUACCAGUGCCAGCUAUGCAGCCGGGCCUUCAGACACCUCUUGCAUCUCACGGUACAUUACAGACGCCACACAAACGGCACGCAUGUCAGGAGAAGGGGAAAGCAUUCGGUCAUUGCUCUAGGCUGCUUCAGCACCAGCCAGCUCCUGCUGAGGAAGAAUCCCAUGAAUGUGAGGAGUGUGGAAGGCCCUUGAGUCAGGAAUCAGCUACUGCUCAGCGUCAGAGGCUGCAGACUAGAGAGGCUCACAUGAACAGAGUGAGCAUGAAGAAACCCACUCUCAGCACCCAGCCUCUGUUGAUCCUCAGAGAACUUACCUUGGAGGAGAACUGUAGGAAUGGAGGUGCCGGGAAGAGUCCUGUGGCUUAG